AUGUCAGCGCCAGCGCCUGAGAUCCCUGAGACCAAGAAUGACAUGGACUAUGGCCAUGAGUCGCCAUCGCCCAUCACCUCCGUCAAUGGCCCUGAUAAAGAGCAGGGUGAUGAAGAGACGGACAUCACGUAUGCGGAGCCCCUGCGCUUGACCAUCAUCAUGUGCACGCUGAGCCUCAGCACCCUGAUCGCCGCCCUGGGCCUGCGAUUCCAAAAAAUAACGAGCGACUUCCACGCUCUCGACCAUAUUGGGUGGUACAGCGGGGCCUGCUUCCUGCUCGUCGGCACCACCUCUGCCCCAUGGGGAAAAAUGUACAGAUUUUUCUCGGCCACAUACACCUACAUGAUGGCGCUUGGCUUUUAUUCGGUGGGGAGUGUGGCCGCGGCUGCUGCACCAAACAGCAUUGCUUUGAUCGUUGGGCGUGCCCUACAGGGCUGGGGCUGUGCCGGGACGCUGGGGGGCUCCGUACUGAUCAUCAACUUCACGGCAGACCCCAAAUUCCGUCCAAUGCUUAUUGGGCUGUGGAUGGGCGUUUUUAUGAUCGCUACCACGAUUGGACCGUUGCUUGAUGUGGGGAGUCUAGCGAAGCAAUGGAGUGACGGUGCUGUCAUCGCCACGUUGGCCUUGUGGGUGGCCUUGUCCAUUGCAUUUGUGGCCAUCGAGUGGUUCCAGGGAGAGUAUGCCAUAAUGCCACUGCGCAUGCUGAAGCCGCGCCCAUUCUGGUCGCAUCUCCUCUACGCGUGGAUUGCCAACCUGGGCAACUUCCAGAUCCUGUUUUACCUGCCCAUCUAUUUCCAGUCCAUGCAUGGCUCGCCCGCCAUCAUGAGUGGUGUCUAUAGUUUGCCGUUCAUGGCCUUCUACACCCUUGGUGCCAUUAUUAGCGCCAUUCUCGUCGGGAAAACCCAUCUACUACAGCCUAUUGAGCAAGUCAGGGGGCUGAUCGCCGUGCUGGGCGCCGCUCUGAUCUACUGCAUUGACGUCGGAACUCCCAAAGCCUGGUGGAUCGGCGCGCAGGUCCCGUCUGGCCUGGGAACUGGGCUGGGAAACCAGGUGCCUGUGACGGCGCUACAGGGCUUUGCGACUCCAGAAACUGUGGCCGCCACGAUGGGCGUCGCCUUUAUGUGCCAAUCCAUCAGUGGCGCCUAUUUUGUAUCAGCCGGAAAUUCCAUCUUCAAUAACUACAUGCUGAAGACUCUCUCUGUCACAGCUCCGCGUAUCAGCUCCUUUGAGAUUUUGUAUAUGGGCGUGACCGACCUGAAGAAUGCCUUCCACGGGAAAGACCUUGCCUUGAUUCGACAGGCAUACAUGGUCGGCAUCAAGGAUGUCUUCGCCUUCGCUCUGGCGGGGCCUGCCUCACCGUCGUCCUGGCCUUGA